GUUAGAUUGUACCAGAACGUAUCGCUUGUUCGUGUAUCGCUUGUUCGUCUGCGGUUACCCGGCUAUAUAUGAUUCUUUCGGAGAAUAGGUGGAUCCAAAGACAUCAUUUGCGCUGCAUAUCAAAUAGAAUGCAAGGGAACUCGUUUACAAUGUAUCGGUACGGGUCGGGUCGUGACUACUGCAAUGCAUUCUGAAGAGGGACCAGGAGAAACGUUAAUAGGUAUCACGCAAUAACGGUUGCCAACCAGCAACAUCAUAGGGACGUGAAAUUAUGCUCUUCGUUCAUAUAUAGGUUUCCUGUCUGCGAGACCUUUGGAUUGAUUCUUUGAUGUAAAUAGAAUAAUAUCGAAGUAGCCUAAUAGGCCGAUCAUUUCAAGCAAUCAAACAUUAUUUGUGAAUUAGGCUAUUAGUGUUGUUAACCCAAUGCAACAUGUUGUUGGCAGUAGAGACUUCCAUCAUUGCAUUUAUUGAUUCACAGAAUACGUAUUUUCUCGGGAUGCUGUCCCUGUGUGCCCCACGCUCAAUCUCCCCUCCGCUGGUUUGAGUUCCUGCUCUCUGUCAGGGGCCCGCCUGCUGAUUCCUCCCCGACACCACGUCACGUAGAGGGCGAUGCGGCGGUUUGUCUACUGUAAGGUGGUGCUGACCACUUCGCUGGUCUGGGUGCUGGUGGAUGUCUUCCUGUUGCUCUACUUCAGUGAAUGUAACAAAUGUGACGACAGGAAGGAUCGCUCAAUGCUGCCUGCUCUGAGAGCGGUCAUAUCGCGGACCCACGAGGGCCCAGGGGAGAUGGGGAAGGCGGUGGUUAUCGCAAAGGACGAGCAGGAGAAGAUGAAGGAGCUCUUUAAGAUUAACCAGUUCAAUCUGAUGGCCAGUGACAUGAUUGCGCUCAACAGGAGUCUGCCGGAUGUGAGACUGGACGGUUGCAAGACCAAGGUGUACACGGACGAUCUCCCCAACACCAGUAUAGUGAUUGUGUUCCACAACGAGGCGUGGAGCACCCUGCUCCGCACCGUCCACAGUGUCAUCAACCGCUCGCCACGGCACCUGCUGCAGGAGAUCCUGCUGGUGGACGACGCCAGUGAGAGAGACUUCUUGGGAAAGAAGCUGGAGAACUAUGGUCGGACCCUGGAGGUUCCCGUGCGGGUCCUGCGGAUGGAGCAGCGGACGGGGCUGAUCCGGGCCAGGCUGAGGGGGGCUGCGGCCACACGGGGGCAGGUCAUCACCUUCCUGGAUGCCCACUGUGAGUGCACCACGGGCUGGCUGGAGCCUCUGCUGGCCAGGAUCAAAGAGGACCGGAGAUCUGUGGUGUGUCCUAUAAUCGAUGUGAUCAGCGACGAGACGUUUGAAUAUAUGGCAGGCUCAGACAUGACCUAUGGAGGAUUUAACUGGAAGCUGAAUUUCCGUUGGUAUCCCGUGCCUCAGAGAGAGAUGGACAGGCGCAAAGGGGACAGGACACUCCCUCUCAGAACCCCUACAAUGGCUGGAGGGCUAUUCUCUAUUGACCGGACAUAUUUUGAAGAAAUAGGCACAUACGAUCCAGGGAUGGACAUUUGGGGCGGAGAGAACUUGGAGAUGUCUUUCAGGAUCUGGCAGUGUGGCGGCUCUCUGGAGAUUAUCACUUGUUCCCAUGUGGGUCACGUGUUCCGAAAGGCCACCCCUUACAGCUUCCCUGGGGGCACGGGUCAAGUCAUCAACAAGAACAACAGGCGAUUGGCUGAGGUGUGGAUGGACGGCUUCAAAGACUUCUUCUAUAUCAUAUCACCAGGUGUGGCCCGGGUGGGCUAUGGAGACGUGUCCUCUCGUAAGGCCCUGCGUGAAGCUCUGCAGUGCAAACCCUUCUCCUGGUACCUGGAGAACAUCUACCCCGACUCUCAGAUCCCCAGGCGAUACUACUCACUUGGUGAAAUCAGAAAUGUUGAAACGAACCAGUGUGUGGACAACAUGGGCAGAAAGGAAAAUGAGAAAGUUGGCUUCUUCAACUGCCAUGGCAUGGGUGGGAAUCAGGUGUUUUCCUACACAGCUGAUAAGGAGAUCCGGACAGAUGACUUGUGUCUGGACGUGUCACGUCCCCAUGGACCUGUGGUCAUGCUGAAGUGUCAUCAAAUGAAGGGGAAUCAGAUGUUUGAGUAUGAUGCAGAGCGGCUGACCUUGCUGCAUGUCAACAGUAACCAAUGUCUGGACAUGCCUACUGAGGAGGACAAGAUGGUGCCCACCCUGAGAGACUGCACAGGCAGCCGCUCCCAGCAGUGGCUCCUCCGCAACAUGACACUGACGCUCUGAUCUGACCCAGGAGUAGGACCUCCACAUUCACUCACCACCACACCGGCCAGACUCGCCCCCACCUAAACUGGCCACGACCUCACCUCGCUCCACCAGGUGUCUUUUGUCAUGCACGUGUUCCUGCCUCCUUCAGCACUCGCGGGUGGGGAAGAAGCAGGCAGGCAGCAGCCUGUAGUAUUUUAUUAUGGGGCUUCUGAGGCUCUGCGAGGGCUUUAUCUGAGAUGCUGCUCCUCCCAUUCAGUCAAUAUUACACAGUGGUUGCCUAGAGGUUGACCGGCACACUCUCAGCCAGAGCUCUCUGUAUGGUUGAAUCAUUUGGGCGCGUCUGUAGUGAUGGUGACUAACACUUUUACACGUGGAGGAAGCUGGAAUCAGUGAUACUGUAUAUGUCUGAUGGCUCUCAGGGCUGGUCAUGUGUGAGGUCAGAGUUCAGACUUUAGUACAGCAGAAGCACCAAUAGCAGGAUAGCAUUUCCUAGACAGAGCGUUGUAGUAUGCGUCUGUGGGGCCUCAUAGACAAUCUACUCUGGCUCUGUACAUAAGUGUUUUGUUUAAAGUGCAACCCUGCAAGGUCGAUUAUUCUGUUCUGUGAUAUUGGACACCCCCAAUUCAUAUUUAUGUCAGAACCACCUGUAAAUCUGAGGAUGAAGGGUCUAAGGGUAAGGGUUGUUGUCAGUGCCAUGCACAGAUCUUUCAGGGAGCAGGUGCUCAAAAUGAACAAAGCCCCCCACCCAACCCCCUCUCACCCCAAAUAUAAGACUUUCAUAAUUCAGAUCUCAAAAUUAAUAACAAACAUUUUUGAGCAUAGGCCUAUUAAUUUCAGCAACACACUCACCCAUCACAAAUUGUAAGUGAGAUAGUUAGCUACAGUGCCUCCGAAAGACAUGAUUGACAUUGGGAAAAGAGGGAUGUUGAUGAUUGAUGUAAAUCUGAUAGUUAGCUACCUCAAUUAUUUUUUUAAACAAAUUGUGAUUUAUCUUCAAUGCUCUUAAAUAAUAACUACAUAAUAUAAUAUAUAUAAUCUAACUCGUGAUGUACACUGAGUGUACAAAAUAUUAGGAACACCUUACUUAUAUUGAGUUGCACACAUUUUGACUCAAUUCGCCAGGGCUUGGACUCUACAAGGUGCCGAAAGUGUUCCACACGGACGCUGGCCCAUUUUGACUCCAAUGCUUCCCACAGUUGUGUCAAGUUGACUGGAUGUCCUUUGGGUGGUGGACCAUUCCUGAUACUCACAGGAAACUGUUGAGCGUGAAAAAUCCAGCGACGUUGCAGUUCUUGACACACUCAAACCGGUGCGCCUGGUACCUACUAUCAUAUCACGUUCAAAGGCUCUUAAAUAUUUUGUCUUGCCCAUUCACCCUCUGAAUGGCAGAUCCAUGUCUCAAUUGAUCUCAAGGAUUAAAAAUCCUUCUUUAACUUGUCUCCUUCCCUUCAUCUACACUCAUUGAAGUGGAUGUAACAAGUGACCUCGAUAAGGGAUCAUAGCUUUCAUCUGGAUUCACCUAGUCAGUCUGUCGUGGAAAGAGCAGGUGUUCCUAAUAUUUUAUACACUCAGUGUAUUGCUGGCUGGCUGGUGGUUUGUGUGUAUAUUUUAGUAUAUGGUGGUUAGCCAGAUUCUAUACUACCUGUGUUCAGUAAUUAAUUUGUCAAUCUUGAGGUGCCGGAGCAAAAAGUGAGUGCGAGAGAGAGGGGUGAACAGUGGAGCUCUGAAGUACCGGAACUUAUGAGAAUAUUUUUUUUUAAAUCACCUUUAUAAUAAAGCAUUGCAUUACGGAAGUCAAGAGGGGACAUAUUAAUCAAAAUAAAGAAUUCCCUUCUAUGUCGCGAUCACAACUUACUUAUCUCACGAUCAAUAUAUAACAAAAGUUGAUUUGUCGAGAUCACGAGAUAAUCGGAAGUACCACGCAUCACCCAUUCAUUUGUUUAGCCGCACAAUCAGUGGCGCCCCCAGAAAUUGUUCAUAGGGGUGGGUGUGUGGCCGGUUGGGGCCACUGAAAAUCUUGGGGUGGCACACCAAAUCCAAAAGCCGUAACUGAAUUUCAGGUAAUUCUAUUAUGCUGUUGUAGUAUAUAGGCUAGUUGGAAACUAUGUCAAUAUUAGAGUUAAGGAAUCGCAUACUGAUAUACUUUCUUAUUUCACAGUUAAAUGUUACUAUUUAUCUGAUGUGCGUAGACUAAUACCAGUACAGUUAACAUUUUAAGUUCCACAACAAUCCUGUUUUAAUGUGUUAUGUAUCUGUAUAUACAUGUGCUAGGCGAUUGUUCUUCAAAUGGGCUAGUUGCCCUUUUCCUUAUAAAGACAAAUAUACAGCUUUAAUUUGAAAUCAGUACAUUGAUUGCAAGGAGCAAAACAUUUACUGGGAACAAGCCUACUCAAGUUUAAAAACGCCACACAGACGCCUACAAUUAUUUUCAAUACAGAUUUAUUUGGCUGUUGCUGUGUCUUGUUAUAAACAAAAAUAUGAAAUAUGUCCAAAAAUGAAAAACAAAACAAAAAACAUAAUUAUGGACAACAAUAUACAUGUUACUAUAGCCUACUCACAACCUAUUCAUAUCCCUGCUUUAUUAGGCUACAUUAUUUUCAAUACAGAUUUAUUUGCCUGUUGCUGUGUCUUUUGGCAAACACAUCCACAAAAUCCUCAAGAUUUAUGGCCCUCGCCCUUCUUGACUCUACACCCCCAAAUUGCUCAAUCGCUCGUCACUCGUUGUAUUUCUCAAGACGGUCUUGGAAAACUGUGCUCACUUGCUACAGUGCUCACAAUGCAAGUGUUAUUUUGCAGUUUAAACAUCUUGUGGAACACCUCCCUAUAUGGCUCAAGGAAGACUGUGAGCUCUUUUAAACGGGUUGGUGUUUCCAAGCCACUAGUUUGCUUCCUAUCAAGAAUUCGCUGAAGCUGAGGGAUCUCAUAUUCCAGAUCCUCAGUGCUGCAGUUGUAUUGUGAGGCAAAUGGAAACACUACAUUUUUCUCACAAAAUGUGUGACUGCAGACAUUCAAGGCUUGCAUCCCUUGCAUGAUGACACAAUUUUCUUUAGGAAAUAUUCUCUUCACCUCAGAGAGAAGCACAUCAACAAUUGGAAUGAAUGAACCUGCCGGAAAAUGACUUCUUAUCUGUGUUGACCGGUCUUUGAACUAUUGGGGUGGGAAUGUGAUGCCCAUCAAGCCUAGAGCUUGGUGUGACCUGACGCCCUGGGAUGGCCUGGAGGUGCAACAUCCGAUGUAUCAAUGUUCAAGGUGUCAACAAGAGAAUCAACAAGGGUAACAGCCGUGCCCAAAUUUGAGUUGUGGGGACUGUAAAAUGUCUGACAGAUGUUUAAUCUCACCAAAAACAUUGGUGACUGUUACAAGGAUGCUAAUAAACUAGAUCCAUUGGGGCUAAUAGACCUCUUGCCUCUACGGCUCUGUCACCAUUUCUCUCUUCAGAUAUUUCUUUCAGUAGUCUGUAUGAUGGCUGGCAGUCUGUGCCCUCACGGUCUUGCAAGCAUUGUACCUACAUGCCCACCGUGUCUCUAUCAGCCUUUGUAACUCUCUCGGGGCCCCCUGAAACAUCUCCCUCUGUACCUCUUGCCACCUUUGUGGCACAUAUGACCCUGACCCAAAGACAUAAAUUUUCUGCAAAAGAGAAAAGAAACAAUAUGCUUCAGGGAUGCAUUUCACACCGUCAACUAAUACUACAGUUAAGCAAUGUGCAUUGCAGUGAACAUACAAAGCUAAUGGGGCCUCUGAUUUAAUGGGUGCUGGCACACCUGUGUUGUUUCCGCUCAUGACAGAGGCACCAUCAUAUACUUGCCCUACUAGGUGGUUUCUGUAGUCAAGGCCAUACUUCUGCAGUAUUUGUACAGAUUUCGGUGAAAGUGCUGCAGCAUCCAGGCGCUCUGCUGCUUCAAAGGUGAGAAAACGUUCACAUAUUGACCCAUUGUAAUUGCAAUUCGAUACUAAGGACAUCUGUUCCUUCUUGCUAAUGUCUUUGAUCUCGUCAACCAUAAUGCUGAAAGCCUCACUUUGUGCAACUUCACUAAUUAUUGAGGUGCGGACCAUUUCGGGCCAGGCAUUCAGUUAUUUUGUUUUGUGUACUAUGCCCAAAGUAUGUUGUAUUUCUUUGACAUUUCUUUGAUUUCUUUGACUUCAUUUUUCUUUUGACUGUGUGAUCAUGCUUGGCUAGCAGUUCCAUAAUAGAGAGGGAAUGUCCUUUAUUCUGACCUUCCGUUUCUUUAUGUGCUCUCUGUGUAAAGUUUUGCAUAGCUGUGAGGAGCAGGGUUUCUCCAACAGUUUUAAAUGUACUCUCUAUUUUCCCUCACUAAUUUAUUAUACUCUGCAUUUAAGGAUGGCCGAGAGAGCGCAUUUGAUUGCAGUCGACUUUUCAUAUUCUGCCCAUGUUAAUAUAGCAUGUUAUUCUGAUUGGGCAUGGCCUACAAAUCCCUCAUCUUUGUAAGUUGCUUUUUUCCAAUUUCUUAACCCCUCUUCAGAUGUAAACACUGAAUCGCCGGAGGAGGGGAGACUGAAGUGCCGGCAGGCAUAGAAGUAGAGAGUCUUUAGUAUGAGAGUAUUCCAGCCAUUUACAGUGCCUUGUAAACGUAUUCAUCCCCCUUGCCGUUUUACCUAUUUUGUUUCAUUACAACCUGUAAUGUAAAUGCAUUUUUAUUUGGAUUUCAUGUAAUGGACAUACAUAAAAUAGUCCAAAUUGGUGAAGUGAAAUUUUAAAAAAUGACUUGUUUAAAAACCAUUCAAAAAUAUAAAACGGAAAAGUGGUGCGUGCAUAUGUAUUCAACCCCUUUGCUAUGAAGCCCCUAAAUAAGGUCUGGUGAAACCAAUUACCUCCAGAAGUCACAUAGUUAAAUAAAGUACACCUGUGUGCAAUCUAAGUGUUACAUGAUCUGUUACAUGAUCUCAGUAUAUAUACACCUGUUCUGAAAGGCCCCACUAAGCAAGGGGCACCAUGAAGACCAAGGAGCUCUCCAAACAGGUCAGGGACAAAGUUGUGGAGAGGUACAGAUCAGGGUGGGGUUAUAAAGAAAGAGUGCCACCCACCAAAACUCAUGGACCAGGCAAGGAGGGCAUUAAUCAGAGAGGCAACAAAGAGACCAAAGAUAACCCUGAAGGAGCUGCAAAGCUCCACAGUGGAGAUGGGAGUAUCUGUCCAUAGGACCACUUUAAGCCAUACACUCCACAGAGCUGGGCUUUAUGGAAGAGUGGCCAGAAAAAAAACAUUGCUUAAAGAAAAAGAUAAGCAAACAUGUUUGGUGUUCACCAAAAGGUAUGUGGGAGACUCCCCAAACAUAUGGAAGAAGGUAAUCUGGUCAGAUGAGAGUAAAGGGAAACGCUAUGUCUGGUGCAAACAUUAUGCAUUAUGCUGUGGGGAUGUUUUUCAUCUGCAGGGACUGGGAAACUGAUCAGAAUUGAAGGAAUGAUGGAGGGUGCUAACUACAGGGAAAUUCUUGAGGGUAACCUGUUUGUCUUCCAGAGAUUUGAGAGGUGUUGGGAGGUUCACCUUCCAGCAGGACAAUGACCCUAAUCAUACUGUUAAAGCAACACUUGAGUGGUUUAAGGGGAAACAUUGAAAUGUCUUGGAUUGGCCUAGUUAAAGCCCAGACCUCAAUCCAAUUUGAGAAUCUGUGGUAUGACUUAAAGAUUGCUGUACACCAGCGGAACCCAUCCUACUUGAAGGAGCUGGAGCAGUUUUGCCUUGAAGAAUGGGCAAAAAUCCCAGCGGCUAGAUGUGCCAAGCUUAUAGAGACAUACCCCAAGAGACUUGCAGCUGUAAUUGCUGCAAAAGGUGGCUCUACAAAGUAUUGACUUGGGUAGUAAUGCACGCUCAAGUUCAGUUUUUUCGUCUUAUUUCUUGUUUGUUCCACAAUAAAAAAAGAUUUUGCAUCUUCAAAGUGGUAGACAUGUUGUGUAAAUUAAAUGAUACAACCCCCCCCAAAAAUCCAUUUUAAUUCCAGGUUGUAAAGGCAACAAAAUAGCAAAAAUGCCAAGGGUGGUGAAUACUUUCUCAAGGCACUGUAUGCUUACUGUACCACUCUUUCAUGAAGCCCCAUCUUCUAUCCCCCUGAAGGGUCCGAGCGAAAAACUUCAGAUGUGGCUGUUUGGGCCUCUCUGCUCUUGACUGGGAUAUAUCUCGGAUGAAACGAGACAACAAUCAGUUAUUCUGAUUUUAUAACAAUAAUAAUUAUAACAUGAGAAACUGUUGUUGCUGCCUGUUCUGCACUUUCGUGCCAUGCUGCCGUCUGUUGUUCUUCACUGUGAUCUGUCACUAAUGCUGCCUGUGCCUGUUCGUCGCUGUCAUGUUCUGCCUCUUGUUCUGUCAUGCUCUCUCGCUGCCUCCGCCUGUUCAUUGGCUUGCUCAAUGAUGUUAUCAUCAUCUUCGACUGCAUCCUCACUAACGUUAACCCUCUGCUGCUGCUCCCCUGUCGGCUGAGUCUCCACUGUACUACUCUUCUUCUUAAAGAAAGAAGAGAUAUCUGUGGAUGUUUUCAUUGUUUGCAAGUUUAUAUAGCUUACUAGCUACGAUUAGUCACUGUAGCUAACGCUAUACCAGCCCGUAACGUCAGCUAGCUAGAUGCUCUGGCAGUCCUAAAUUCAUCAAGUGGUUUGACAAUCAUUCUAGAAAGCUACGAUAACUCUAACUGUAGAGUUAAUACUCUCUCUCUAUGCUGCAGAGUAACCUUAAUGUAUAAACUAGCUAGCUAAACCCCCAAUGCCUAAUUUAACUAGCUAACUUAGCUAGCUAACUAACAUAAGCCUCAACCAUACUGUCCAUCUAUCAUCAAUACGUCCACUCCCAUUUAUAAAGUUUCUCGUGGUCUCGACAAAACUACUUUUGUUAUGGCGUGAUCAUGAGAAAAUGGUCUUGUGAUCUCGAAAAAAACUACUUUUGUUAUGUAGUGAUCACGAGAGAAAUAAGUUGUGAUUCUCGACAUAACGAGGAAUUGUUUUUUUUAUUCAUAUGUCCUCUCUUGACAUUUCCCUAGUGGCAUAGAGCAGUAGAGUAGAGGUGCUUACAGAAGCUGCACACAUGGGGAAACAUUUUUAGUAACGUAGUGUCCGAAAACAAUUGGGCCUUUUUAUAAAUGCAUGUCAUGCAACUCUAUGUAAAUUUACAUGACUGGAGACUUUGGCAGAAUCUUUUUAAAUUCCGCACAAAUGACCAAAAGACAGCCUACUUUUGACACUGACAAACAGAGUCUGAGCUUAAUGAAAACAACUUUGUCUUGAACCCAUCAAUAGCCUGGGCCUAGGUGUGUGGAGACACACAUAUUUACAAUAUGAGGAGGACAUUAUAAUCCUUAAAAAGCUUUCCAGUGUCAUUGACUCACCCAAUGAUGCGCCGCUCACUCACCAGCGAUGGCUGAUGCACUCGUGCCAAAAGCUGAUCCCUCUCUUGUAAAUAAUGUUUGCUCAAAUGGCCUAUUUGCAAGUUAAUAAAAUGUUGUGGUAGCCUACAGCAGACAGAUUUCAGUAUUCUCUUUUCAGCAGGAGCCAUUUUCUUUCCAGCCUGUGUUUCCCGUAAUUGUAUAUGCUGUUCACAGACAGAUGUGCAGCGCGUUCCUAACUGUAGACUAUGACUGGGCUACACACAAUCCACAGCUAAGCCAUUUAAAAAAAAAGGUCCUAUUGAUCCUUUGUGGCUAAAUUAUAGGCCUACUCUUGGUGCAGUAGGCUAUUCUGAAUUAUUUCAUUUAUUUCUGAACAGACAGCAGUAAUUCUAGAACGUUGCCAAAUGUAUUUCAAUUUAUCAGGUGUCCUGCAGCACCCUUCCCGUGGCUAUGAUUCUAUGAGGAAAUAAAUGAUGAACUGCUGCUGCAUAUCAGCCAACCAGACCGAAUAUUGAUGAUGAUGUACAUCAAGCGAUAUCAAGUGUUAAUCAAAUGUUAUGCUGCUAUGGUGUGGCAGUACUGUUGAUAUUUAAACUAGAUAGCUUGCUACACCCACUCGACUGGUGAGCCGCAUCACAAGCCAUGCAUGUUUGGAUACCGGGCGUGCGCAAUAUCCUUACAGGGUAGACUGGGUAAAAUGCACAACCAGGUGCACAUGAGCUCCGUACAGGGCAGACCAACGGAUGGGUGGGGGGGUGGCGAACUUGACGACUUGGGGGCAGUGGGUUCAGAACAACUACCACAAGAACUGUAUACAAAAAAAAAAAAAGAAUGAGUGACCACCCAAUAUUGAGUGGAAGGGCAAAGUCCCAGGGGUCUGAUAUAGGUAUACCCCUACCUGUGCACAUGCCUCGUUGUUGUUGAUGGGUACAUUAAGAGGAUGAAAAAAACUCUAAACAUUGGAGGUGAUACAGAACUCAUGUAUGGAUGCAUGUAGCUGCCAAGAAAAUCAGUUUGCUUUCCCUCAAUAAGUAUUUAUCACAGAAUGCAGUUAUUUCAUUUGACCAUUUUUACAUAGAAAUAUGUAGGAUUUUUUUAUUUCUAAUGCACUAUAUCAUUGUUAGCUCCCCGAAGUGUUGGAUUAUUUAUUUGUUCUAUUUUAUUUGAGAUACAUUUGUCUGUUUUAAAGUUUCCUUAAAUGUAUACAUCAUGUUCAUCACUUUAUGGCAAAUCUUUUGCCCGAUCGAAACAUAAAGCAAAAAUGACCCUAAGACAUAUAAAGGUAGUGAAUUCUUUUAAAAUGUUGACUGAAUAUCAAGUUUCUAGUUGAUUGAAUUAAGCUAUUGUGAAAAUGAGUCAUAUUUAGUAUAAAGAUCUCCGAAACAUCGAGCAUUAGUGAAUAAAUCAAUAUGAACAAUGUCAACAGUAUAAUGGUAUAUAAACUCAUCAUAUUAUUUAACCACUUUACUGUACCAUUUUGAUCAUCAGUCAAACAUGUGUAUCCUAAAUCGUGCCCUAUUCCCUAUAAAUCACACUACUAUUGGCCAGGUCUCAUAGUAGUGCACUAUAUAGGUAAUAGGGUGCCAUAUGGGACGCACACAAAAUGGCUUGAUAUGGGCAACGUGUUAGCUCCUUUAAGAAAGUGGAACAACUAUUUGUUCUUCAAUGGACUGUCGACCUGGAGCAGCUGACAUGUGUACUGUAAAUAACUAACGCUGUCAAUCAUCAUAAUAACUGUACAUACAGAACCAAUUAUUUUUCUAACAUGCUGUAAAACUUGAAAGUCCCAUUGAAAUGUAAAACGUGGCAUGGUUAUGUAUUUGAAGGCAUUGCUGUGCGCUGUUUAGAAAUAUCAAUGAAACACAUAUAAUGCUUUCUUGGGGUUUAUGAGGUUCAUCAGCUCUCCCAUCAACACAAACCCACAAAUGACCUAAUGGACAUUACUGUACAGGAGAGAUUAUUACUCUGUUUAAUUUGUUUUUAUGUUGAAACUAUAUCAAUGCUUGAACACUGUCAUAUCUAUGCCUAUUGUUUGUUUGGCAUUCAGACUCGAAUUGAAUGAACUUCAUAUAUAUUUAUUGUUUAUAUUUUGACCUACUGUAGGUUAUAUUUAUGUGCAUGGUACUACAAUAGGAAUGUACUACAGAUUGUGUUUCAACUUUGAACUGUUACACUGUAGCUUUAUUGGUCUAAAGUGAUGUAUGUUACCCGUUCGUACAUUUUUGUAAAAUAAAAAGCAGCAAUAAAAAAAUGUUUAAAAAAAGGCUA